AUGGCAAAUGUGCUUCAUCUAUCGAAAUUAAGUCGUGGUCAUGUUGAAUUAUCUGAAAAUGGCUCUCGUUUAGAAAUCUAUGCUGAUCAAAAUGAAAAGCCACUUAUUCACACUUCAGAAACUAAUCAACUUCCUCAUAUACCAAAAACAUAUUCAACAAAACGUGGUCCUCUUGUUCUAUUUGCUGAAACUGGUUUUUUUAAACAUUCAAGAUCAAAAGCUCAUCGAGAUAAAAGAAUUCUUCAUCAAGAUUUUAAUUCACCUUCUUUAUUAAGUCCACCACCACUUAAAUUAGGUGAACUAAAACGAAGUAUUUUAGCUUAUGGUGGAACUCCAGAGAAUCAACUAGCUGGUGGUGUUGUUGAUGAAGAUGGUACAUAUAUAAAUAUGAAAAUACCAUCAAAAAAACGUCCUCACCCAUCAAAAUAUGCUGGUAUCAGUUCACAUGUUGCUAUUAAACGACGAUAUAUGAUUGCUAGUAGUGAAGAUAAAAGACGAGAUCUUGAUUCUAUUCUCGAAUUGGAAUAUUCAACUUCACGUAAUCAACGUUAUUCAAUGAUGAAAACACAUAUUCUUAGUGAUGAAAUUUCUCUUCUUCCUCCUGUUUAUAGAAAUCCAGAUAUUGUUCAACAUUCUCCAUUCUUUUUAGCAGAUGCCUAUCGAUUUUUUCAAAUUGAAAAUAGUAUUUCUUCGAAUGAUGAUGACAAUACAGAACAAGUGAAUUCUGAAACACAAAAUGCAUUAGAAAUUGUUGAUUCAAAAGGAAGUCAGUUAUCUUAUGAAGCAUUAGAACAAUCGGAAAAAGAAAAAGUGCUUGCUGAUUUACUUAUACAAACAGCUUUACAUAAUAUUGCUGAACAACAAAAUAUUGAAAUAUUUGAAGAUGCACUUAAUCGUGUACGAGAUUCAGAUAUAAGUCAAAGUUUUUCAACAAUGGAUAUUCCAACACUUGUUGACGAAAGUAGCCUUACAGCUUUUCCAUCCGAUACAGUCAAUAAUCAUCAUCAACAUUUUAAAUCUGCUCCAACUGCCAAUGAAUCACUAGCACAACAACAUUAUAUGUUUGGUAAAAUGCAAGGAACGUUACCAACCAAAUCAAAAUAUCAAACAAAUAACAGUGAACAACAAAAUGAUGCGACAAAUAGUGAUGAAUUUAAUAAUGAAUAUACUCGAACAACAAGUGAUAUUGUUCAUUCAAAACUUAUUCGUGCAUCUCGACUGUUAGCACCCUUAUCGACUUCUGCUCAUCAAGAAUCUUCAACAGCACGAAAUCAAUCACAUACAGCAACAAAAUUAUCUACAAAAUUACGAAAACCUCAUGAUAUUGAUUCUAAUCAACAUAAAAUAUCAACAAAACUAACACGUAAAUAUGAAAAUCAUACACAAUUACAACAUCUUUCAUCACCUGUAGAAUUACAACAAGAUAAAUUAACAGCAACAAAUCAAUUAAUUGAAAAAGAACAAUCUUUAACAAAUUUAUUAUAUCGUCAACGUUCAUCGAAAAGUUCAAAAUUAAAUCCAUCAAGACAAGGAACAGGAAAAACAUUUGCUACAGGCCGAUGUGUUACAUCACCAUUGAGUAUACAUGGUAAACAAAAACCAAAAAACGAAGAUCAGAAUUUUAUAUUCACUGAUAUAUUUGUAGAAGAAGCAGAAAGACUUUUAGCUAUUGAUUCAUAUAGAGAAGAAGAUGAUGAAGUUGAAGAUAAAAAUGAGAGUACACGAACAUCAAUUGUCGACGUGGCUGAAGAUGCACUUGUUCGUAACGCAUCACACUCACCUGGAACAAAGACAGAUGAAGAACAUGAUCAACAUGUUCAUCCAUCAGAAAUGAAUUUAACAGAAAAUUCUAUAAUACCACCUGAAGUAACUUUAAAGCGAUCUGCCUAUACACAUCGAUCUCAUGGAACAAUAAAGUCAAAAAAUUCAUCAGCAGUUCCUCCAGGAGCAUUAUUAAUUGCACCUGAUGGUGAAGUUCUUUUCGUCGGUGGAUCAUCUGGACAACCAGAUAAUGAUUAUGACGAUUAUUUGUCCAAACAUGAACCAUUUUCUCAUCAACCUUUAACAGCUUCUCUGGUAGUAGAAAAUAAUGAUCAACAAAGUAUAUCAGUUGCACCUUGUGUACCAAUGGUUCUUGGAACAAAACGUGAACGAUUACCUGAUGAAACAGUAAUACGACGAACUUUAAAUUUAACUGGUGGUGAUUUUGAUAGUCAAAUUGGUUUGCAAUCAUGGAGCUAUGAAGUACCUCUAGAAAAACGACGAAUAGUAUCAAAAUCUUAUACAUUAAUUCCUCCUCCACCACCUAUAGGACUUUCAGCAUUUACUGGACGUAAACGUAAAUAUUUACAACUAGAAUUUAAAAUGAAAAUAACAAUAUUCAUCUUAGAUCAUCAACAAAAACGAAUUGCUCAAGAAAUACAUGAUCAUGCUAUGCUUCACUCAACAUUAUCUAUGCAUAGUGAAGCAAUUCAACAACAACGUGUUCCAAUUCAUCCAAAUAAUAAAACUCGACCAAUUGCUGAAACGCAAUCACCCCUUCUUGCAUUUACAUCUUGGGCAUAUCAACGACCACCGACACCACCAAUGAUCAAACGACCUUAUUUAUACAAACCAGACUAUCGACCGUCGGGUGUACAUGGACAUAAACAUCCAAUCGGUGAUACAGAAACAAUGAUUCGACGAACUAUCAACAUACAUGCUGGCGAUAUAGAUGCGUCAUUAAGUUUUACAAUUUGGGUUUAUGAUAUGUGGAUAAAUGAUCUAGUAAAAAGUGGUGCUGAUCCACAUUACAUAAAACAAGUUAAAAGUCUUUUUGAUUUAUUUAAACAACGAAGAUUAAGUAAAGUCGAUUUACAAGAUAAAGAGUUUCUUACAGCACUUGCCAAUCAUGCACAAGCAUUAGCUAAAAUUAUUUUAAAACGUUCUGAUUCUGGAUAUCAUCUUGCGGAAGAUGCACAGUUGGCAAUUAUUGAAAAUUUACGUAAUUUAAAAUAUCUUCUUGAUCAACGACUGGCAAGUGUGUCUGAUCAUGAAUAUCGAGAAAUUCUUCGUGAAACACUUCAACAUGUUUUACUUAAAGGAAACUUAGAAAAUUUACAAAUUACUGAUGAUAUUCUUAUGGCACUUAUGGAUUAUCCAAUAGAAGCAUUUGAAAUAUAUUUAGAUCCUGAUACAGGUGAUGAAUAUAUUCGUAUAAAAAGUGCAUAUCAAACAAUAAAAAAUAAAAUAAAACCAAAGAGAACAAAGAAAAAAACAAAAAGUAAUAUAUAUGUAUAUUCAUUAGAUACUCAUUUCUCCCUUGGAAAUAUACUUUUUUUCUAUUUUUCAUCCGUUUUCAAUUAA